GCAGGCGCACCUCGGCUUCUUCAUUCACGAGAGGAAAGCGAAGGGAGCGGGUGGGCCUCGUGCGUGCACUGACGUCACCAACCGUGGGAGACAGCGACCGAGCGCUUCGGCGGGCACGUGACCUUCUUUAGCAGCACCCCCGGCCCUCACACACCGAGCCAUGGGCGACGGAGAGAAACUCAACAUCGACUCGAUCAUUCAGCGGCUGCUGGAAGUUAAAGGCUGCCGUCCGGGGAAGAAUGUCCAGCUGUCGGAGAACGAGAUCCGUGGCUUGUGCCUGAAAUCCCGUGAGAUCUUCCUCAGUCAGCCCAUCCUGCUGGAGCUGGAAGCCCCGCUGAAGAUCUGCGGCGACGUUCACGGCCAGUAUUACGACCUACUUAGGCUCUUCGAAUACGGAGGCUUCCCCCCGGAGAGUAACUACCUGUUCCUGGGGGAUUACGUGGACCGUGGCAAGCAGUCGCUGGAAACCAUCUGCCUGCUGCUCGCCUACAAGAUUAAAUACCCAGAAAACUUCUUCUUGCUGCGCGGGAACCACGAGUGCGCGAGCAUCAACCGCAUCUACGGCUUCUACGACGAGUGUAAAAGACGGUAUAACAUCAAGCUGUGGAAGACCUUCACCGACUGCUUUAACUGUCUGCCGGUCGCCGCGAUAGUCGAUGAAAAGAUCUUCUGCUGUCACGGAGGUCUCUCUCCUGACCUGCAAUCCAUGGAGCAGGUGCGAAGGAUCCUGCGUCCCACCGACGUCCCAGACCAGGGCCUUCUGUGCGAUCUCCUGUGGUCCGACCCCGACAAGGAUGUCCUCGGCUGGGGUGAGAACGACCGCGGCGUCUCCUUCACCUUUGGAGCUGAUGUGGUGGCCAAAUUCCUCCACAAACACGACCUGGACCUCAUCUGCCGAGCUCAUCAGGUGGUGGAAGACGGCUACGAGUUCUUCGCGAAGAGACAGCUGGUGACGCUCUUCUCGGCACCCAAUUACUGCGGGGAGUUUGAUAACGCCGGCUCCAUGAUGAGCGUAGACGAGUCCUUGAUGUGCUCCUUCCAGAUCCUAAAACCAGCGGACAAGAAACUGUUUGCUUACGGAGGAGUGAACCAGAACCGGCCCGUCACCCCUCCUAGAAACUCUGCUAAGAACAAGCAGAAGAAAUGACCUCCUCGGGGCACCUUCUAGCUUCUCCCCCGCUCCCCGACACUCACCCACUGACCUCCCGCCGCGUUUCAUCCGAGUUCUGUUACCCCCUCUCGCCCGCUGGUGGGGGGGACCGGUUUACCUCGCACUGACUGAUGGGGAUGAGGGGGAGGACGGAGGGCACCUGCGAAAUCAGCCGAUUCUUCUGCCUUAAUGCUUCGACGCGUCCGAAGAGCUGCCUCCACUUUGUCCAAAGCCGCCGGCGCCGGGGAGGAAAGACUCGUUUUCUCGAGGCGGUGCCUUAACGCGCCGUCGCCGGUAAUUCGGAUGGAAUCUCAGGGUCAUUCGUCGCUUCUCCUGGACGGUAGCAAAAUAAAUCUACUUUAACCCCAGGUGCAGUAUCCCGGCCGCUAAAUGGUUAACGUGUCUACCUACGUGUCACGUCGCCAGGGCUCGGCAUGAUGGGGGUCUUCUCGUUUCUGUAGCAUUAUGGCCAGUGAAUCGUUGCAGGCUGACGACCGCAUUAAAUCCACUUGCACAUGGUUGUCUCUUCUAAUGUUUUUGUCUUUGUUUACCCCAGAAAUAGGUUCACGGGCGGACAGAGUAACGCUUCUGUAGUCCUAGAGGUACAGGCAGGCACGUCUCAACCCCCCUCCCCCUUCCGGUUUUACGACUGAGUUUAAUACCACCGCUGCCCGGCUACCGGUCGGUUUGUAGAGCCGUUAACGCUCAGACAGUUACGGAAACUGGAUAGUUGGUCGGGGUGGGACUGGGUCCAUAAUGCCCAGCAUGCAUUGCGAGAGGGGAGGGGGGGUUGCAGCAGAGGCCAGAUCAUAUUAUGUAGAUUCUUCAUUUUCAUUUUGUUUGUUGUAUCCGGUCCUCCUUUCUUCGCUUGCCGUUCCGUGGUUAAUGUCGGUGCGUGGAGACUCCCCGCGUGGCGUUCUGUACCUCUUCUGGUCCCGUUGCGUUUCUCUUGCUGUAUUGUGUGAUGUAACUUUUUUUUUUUUUUUUUUUUUUUUUUAUUGGGUGGGGGGUAUACUCUUUGUUUUAUUUAGUAGAAUUGGCCUGUUUAGGAAGCCUUUGCCCCUCUUUUUUUCUUUUAAUAAAGAAACUGACAUUGUUGGCAAUCGUCCGAAUUGACCAAUGAGCCGUCUGUCUGACUUGUAACCCUCUCUCUGCCGAGGGACCAAUCUCACUGUCCCCAGAUGGCUGGUGGAUCUGGGAAGAUUCCGGAAGCUUUGACCUGCUGUACGGCGACGCGCAUCGUUAAGAAGGGAACUCGUCCAGCCGGGGGUGCUAGAAGGGGGGCCGGUUUUUGGGGAGGGGGUUCUCGCGGCGGUCCUUGAAAGCUAUGAGUCAUGGCUUUUUAACGAAAUUCUUUUUAUCACGUUUGAAUUGAAAUGAAUGUAGAGAAAUAAAA